AUGUCUGAAACCACUUCCCACGAUGUCCCAUCGGUUUCAUCUUCGGGGACCGAGCCUGCAUCUCCGGUAAAAACAAAAAGUGCCUUUGAGCCCACUGCCUCGGAUAUUAUACCUGCCAAGCCCAACUUCAACAAGGACCUCAAGGCUGAUAAACCCUCUUCGGUGUCCGACAGGGGAUAUGAUGUGAGGCGCUACCCCUCAUCUAUUACCGAGGAGAGGCUUGACAUAGUCCGGGCCGACUGCGGGUGGGACACCCAUCCAGUUUGGGUUUUCGCCCCCGGACCAGAUGAAUCUGUUACUGACCAUCGUUUUCCUAAGGGCUUGGUAGCCCCAAGAUCGGAGUCGACCACUGAACCUACAGCGUCAGCAUCCGAGUUCGAUACAGCGGGUGCAUCUCGUGCCCUUGCUGCUGCUACUGCCGCUAAAAGAAAGAGGCCCUCGGAUCAGGGGCAACAAUCGAAGAAGAGAAGGGCGAGAAGCGUCACUCGAACCUUACGGGACGAAACAGAGCCCGACAUUAUAGUUCGGAGAGUCGAUGCCGAACCUUCCGUGGCCCCGAUCCCAGAGGGGUCUGUCGCUGUUGCACCUCUUCGUUCCACCGGUGAAGGACUUUUAGUUCCGGCUCUUCACACAGUGCUUGCAAACGAGGCCUUCGUCCAUGGCCAGCAAGAGAUGGGUUAUCUAAGGGGCCAAAUGGAUGCCCAAGGCCAUGAAACGGAGAAGUACCAGCACCUUCUCCGGGAGAAGGAGGAGGAGUUGAGCCGGGCGGUCGCCCUUUCCAACCUCCGACCCGAGCUUGAUGCGGCAAGGGCCGAAAACAGCCAGUUGAAAAGCGAGCUGGCCUCAAUGACUGAAUAUAAUCGGAGUCUCGAAGCUGACAAGCUCAGCCUGACCCGGGACAAUGCUCAAAUAUCCUCGAGGCUUGGUGAGCUCGAAACCACAUUUUCCCAACUCCGAGGAGAGCUGGAUCUGGUGAAGUCCGAUGCUGCGAGCUUGGCCGAGAGGAAUCGGGUGUUCAAAUCGGAGAGUGCCCGAUACAAGGAGCUUGCGAGGGUCUUUGAAGAGAAAGCGGAGAUGAGGGCCCGGAUGUACGAUGACCUCAAAAAUGAGCCUAAGGAGACGGCCGAUGCCAACGACGCUCUCAAGACCGAGCUGGAGUCGGCUGUCCAAAUGCAAAAUGUUUUUAGAGAGGCUCGGGAUGCUCUUGAGGCGAGGCUAGCCCAGGCCGAGGCCGAAUUGGAUGAAGCUUUGAGGAGUGUGGGGGCCGCCGAGGCUCAGAUUACUAUGGUUGCUCAGGACUUGACAACCAUGUCGUCAAUUUAA